AUGGCUUCAAGAAGAUUUUCCAUAUGCUUGAUUUGUGAUAACGAGGGAUUUAAAUGGAUUCCCUUGUUGAUAAAAGAGUGGAACAUAAAAUAUAUGUAUUGUAACGAUGAGGAAUUAAAAAAUUGUUUAGUAUCAACUUUUGGAUUAGUCGAUACUGUAACAAAUACAAAUAACAAUGCAUUAAAAUAUAUAGAAGGAAUUAAUAAUGAAAAUAUUGAUUUAUUAUUUUUAGCAUUAUCUACAAGUACCUUUCAUGAAGUUAUUUUAGAAUAUGUGAUAAGUCAAAAGAAGUUUUUUUAUAUAUUUAGUUCCAAUAUUCCAACAUGGAAUAUGAAGAAGUUUGAAAAAUAUAAAACUUUAAUUAAUAAUUUUAAUCCAUAUACAAAUAUUAUAUAUGAUGUAAAAGAAGAAUUUAAAAAUAUUAAUAAACAAUUUUAUUGGAAUAUAUAUAAUCCUAUAUUAAAUGAACGUGUUUUUCAUAAUCUAAAAUCAGGCCUUAAUGAAUUAGGUCAUAUAUAUGGAGCACAACUUGAAUGUACUUUUAUACCUUUUACUUAUCAAAAUGAAGAAGGAUCCAAUAUUUUAUUUCUUAGAACAAUAUUAAUAAUGUCUUUGAUGGAAUUCUUAUUUGAUAAACCAAAAAGUAUAUUAUCAAAGUGUUAUAGUGUAAAAAAUGAAGCUUCCUCAGUGCAAUGUGUUGCAGCUACUCUCCUUUUUGAAUCACUAAAUUGUAAUAUAAAUAUAUCUGUAAAUACGUUCAAUAAAAUAUUCAACUUGAAGGUAUAUGGAGAUAAUGGUUUCAUCGAGGUAACCUACAGCACUGAGCACAACUGCUUUCAAAUGCAACGUUGUUUAAAUCACUACGAAUAUCCAAACUUAUUCGUCGAGGAUGCUCACCAAAACGCUCUAAACGAAUUGAAAUAUUUUAUAGAAGAACAGGUAUAUACAAACAAAUAUAUCAACAUACAUCUUAGCGCAAUAUAUACAUCCAUAUGUCUGUGGAAAAGUAAUGGAACCAAUAUUACGUUAGACAAUGAAAACAAUAAUAAUCAUGAGGAAAAUAAAGAUGUAAUUAAUAUGAACAAGGAGCAUAGUUGCAUAACUGCUCUGAAGGUAUGA